GUCGCUGUGCUGUGUGCGUGCGCGGCCCCGCUGCUCUGCGCUCUGUGGUGCGUGCGCGCCCGCGCGGCGUGUUAAGUUUCGUCUCCUGUUUUUGCGCGGCCUGGUCUGAAGAAAUCGCCGGACCGGGUUGUAUGAAGUCCGAUGUUUCGAUUUCAGUCUCUGGAGGAAGACUGCCCCCUAGAGGAGGAAAGGGAGGCGCUACACGUCUUAGUCGAUGAAGACGAUGAUAUCGACCAGUUUAACGAUGAUACGUUCGGAUCGGGAGCCAUCGAUGGGGACUGGAGGGAAGAACACAACCGAUUGGCCGAGCUGGAUGAGAAGGUGGGCGGGACUUCCCCUCUGCAGGCCCCUCCUCCUCCUGCUGCUGCUCCCGCCCCCAGCUCGUUACCCCAUCUCUACUCGAGGGGUCUGGGGGAGACAGGAACCCUCAGAGAGCUGGACAGUCUGCUGCUGGGAGGGGAUGAGAACCUGGCCCACAGUCUGAGCAAGCUGGUGCUGAGCGCAGAGACAGACUACAGGGAACUGGAGGAUCCCGCGAUCAUGAGAGCAGGGCUGCAGCAGCACAAGAGGGCGCCCCUGCAGCCCAGAUCCCAGUUGAACUCUGGCAGUAUUUGGGACAACGCGAUGGGACUGGGAGGAAUGAGCAUUCCCAAACUGUCGCAGGUCCAGGACAGCCCCCUCAUGUCAAUCAUCAAAGAAGUGGGGCUUCCCAAGAGGCCACCAAUGGGACGGGACGAGGGGAGGGACUUGUCUGAGCGAGCCCCGCCCCCGCGCUCCACCUCGCCCGUGAUUGGCAGCCCGCCGGUGAGGGCGGUACCCAUCGGGACUCCGCCCAAGUAUCCGAUUGGUCACAAUCUCAACCAGCAGGUUCUCUGUCCGACACCUGUGCACGUCAGAGCAUCUAUGCAACAAAGAUUUUCUAGUGCUUUCAAUGACCGCAUGUCUCCUAAUCAGCUUCUCAACAUUGCGAAUUCCCAGCUCCGUGGCCACCCCUUCCCCCCGUGCGUCGGCCCUGUCCUCACCCAGCUACAGCGAGCGCAGAUGAUUGGAGCAGGCCAGGUGCUUCCCUGGCUGAUUGAACCCUUCUCUAUAGUUAUCCAGCACUUGGCCAGCGGGCCGCUUACUGAAUUGUUACAAGACCUCAGUGGGCUACCGGGGAGCCCCUCCGAACUGAACAGCUCUACUGGGAACCAGCAGCAAGCCCAGUCGCACACCAGUACAGGGCAACUGGGCAAAGUGCUGACGAGCAAGUUUGGCCUCACUCUGCUCUACCUGAUUCUCAGUCAAGGAGAGAGGUUGCAGAGUGCCGACUCAAACACAGAGCUCAUGGAAAACAACAGAUGGACAGAGCUGGUGUUUGGAGUGACUGCGGAGCUGCUGAAUAUCCCAGAGGCCUCUCUGGCUCAACCUGUCUUAACCCCCCCAAGCCUGCUGUCCUUCUUCUCUCACUACGUGGACAGACAGAGACUCAACCUGCUUCAGGACAAGCUGCAAUUGUCUCCCAAGCCCAGGUAGAAGUCACUACACAGUGGACUUGGAACAAUUCUCAAGACCUGAGUGUCUGUCUGUCUGUCUGUCUGUCUGCACACAAAACAAGAAACGUUUGCCCCUUCACAUCAUGAAAUGAAUUUAAAGCACCAAAAUCUCGUGCAGUAAAUGAAAGCAGAGAAUCUAUUUCCUUAUCUCCUCCUUCGUGUUAAACCCUCUCUCCCGCAUUUUUAUAUUGGAAGUCUGUGGGGUGUUUUUUUAUGUUUUAAUUCAGGCUGUAUUUCAUAAUAAUACCCAGAACCCAGACCCGAAUUAAACACGUCUGUUUCUGUGUGUUUUAAUAGAGGUGCGAGAUUUGUUUUUGGUGAUUUUUCAUUGUGCGUUGCGCGUCUCUUACAGUGUUGAGUGAACAGACUUUUGGGACGGAGCCCCUCCCUAGAAAUCGGGGGGGGGGGGGCUGUCAAGCAGGCCAGGGUCGUUUGCUGGUAAUUAACCCUUCGUAGAGAAACGAGCGAAGAGACAUCUGCUUGGGGGUUUUGUGACAAUCGAGCGCUGCUUUUCUUCAGACGCUGUGGAGGAACGCAGCGAUCCACACAGCCCCCCCCCCCAAACACUCUGUUUCUCGUUCCACUCUGAAGAGACAUCCGGACAAUCGCAUUAUCCGUCCGUGCGACUCUUCUGAUAACGGGGGGGGGGGGGGGGGGGGGGACUGUUUUUUUUUUUGGAGUUUGAGCAAACGGCCCGAGAUCUAGUCUGUGCAGCGCCUCAAGCGUUUCUUGUUGAAGUGUGUGUGUGUGUGUGUGUGUGAGAGAGAGAGAGAGAGGGAGAGAGAGACAGUUGCUGCUAACUUUUCAAUGUACAAAUCUGUAUAACCAUGAAUUAUUUUUUUUUUGGUGCUUGUCGAAGGUUUGGUUUUGUAAAAUGAAAUAUGAAGGGAUAAUGUUGUUUUUUAACACGUCGCUUUGUUAAAAAGGCAUCGGUUUUUUGGAACUACGUUUUAUAUAAGGAUAUAAACUCCCAAAUUUCCAGUCUCUCUCGUAAUCAGUUCCACAACCCAUCGCCCUCAUUGAUCAAAAUCGCAGUCCGCAGUGAUCAGUCAAAACCAGGGUCUCCUUUUCAGCAGCAGCAGCAAAUCACUUUCUAAUUGAAGUCUCUGUCUGUCUGUCUGUCUGUCUGUCUGUCUGUGCGAAUUUAAAUAGGCUUUGAAGGAAAACAGCUGAACCAUUGCAACAGUUAUUAUCGAGUCUCUGAAAUAUAUACAGAUUCAAUUUCCUUUGAAUGGGAAAUGGAUUUGGAACGAAGGGAUUGAUGUUAAAAAAACUAGAAUCCAGAAUAGAAUCGGGUCGUUUGAUUCUCCAGAGAGGCUGAAAACCGCUCUAAUCCCGGUAAAAGGCAGAUUUUCACAGCUGCUGAAAACAAACUGGAUCUCUGAACGUCUGCCCAGGCCGUGAAGAGAACGUAAAAUUAAAAAUUAAAGGACGAUGCAGUUUUUAUUUGAAAAUGUAUUUUUUUUUUUUUUCCAAGCCAGUCUGGUCAUUCGUCCUAAUGCAUUGUGGGUAAUAUUAUUAUUUUUUUGGUCUUCUCUUAAUCUUUCUGCACGCCCUGUAGAGGAGUGUUGUGUGUUUUUCUGUUAUUUUUAACAGUUGUUUUUCUCUGGUUUUAAUCCUUGUUCAAGCUACAGCUGUGGACAAGAGUUUUGCAUCACCUAGAAUUUUAGGAUUGAGACAUUAUAUAUAUAUAUAUAUAUAUAUAUAUAUAUAUAUAUAUAUAUAUAGGAACAUAAUUGAGAUAUUUUAUUUAACAUCAUGUAAUAAAAAUAUAUAUAUAUAUAUAAGGAAGCCAUAAUAGCAGUCCCAGUAGUAUUUCAUGUUAGAUUAAGAACAUUUUUGUCAGUAGAUGGAAAACUAUACAAAGCGCUGGGUGUGGAAUUCAAUAUGUUAACAAGGGAACAUUAUUCAGCAGCUUUCACUGGACUCUAUGAAGCUGAGGGAGUUCAUUCUAUAUAGAGGGGGUGGAAUUCAAUAUGUUAACAAGGGAACAUUAUUCAGCAGCUUUCAUUGGACUCUAUGAAGCUGAGGGAGUUCAUUCUAUAUAGAGGGGGUGGAAUUCAAUAUGUUAACAAGGGAACAUUAUUCAGCAGCUUUCAUUGGACUCUAUGAAGCUGAGGGAGUUCAUUCUAUAUAGAGGGGGUGGAAUUCAAUAUGUUAACAAGGGAACAUUAUUCAGCAGCUUUCAUUGGACUCUAUGAAGCUGAGGGAGUUCAUUCUAUAUAGAGGGGGUGGAAUUCAAUAUGUUAACAAGGGAACAUUAUUCAGCAGCUUUCACUGGACUCUAUGAAGCUGAGGGAGUUCAUUCUAUAUAGAGGGGGUGGAAUUCAAUAUGUUAACAAGGGAACAUUAUUCAGCAGCUUUCACUGGACUCUAUGAAGCUGAGGGAGUUCAUUCUAUAUAGAGGGGGUGGAAUUCAAUAUGUUAACAAGGGAACAUUAUUCAGCAGCUUUCAUUGGACUCUAUGAAGCUGAGGGAGUUCAUUCUAUAUAGAGGGUGAUGCAAAACUUUCUUGGCCAGAGUAAUAUACUGAACAUGAUUUUAUAAACCUUUAUUAAAUUAAUCAAAAACGUUUUUAUAAAGAAUAAAUUUUUUUUUAAAAAAUGUAAGGGGUGGGAUCGUUUUUCGAUUUCCAUUCUCCAGUUGUCUCUUAUUUUCAUGUUUCAUCGCCUAGUUUUUCAUAGACAUGUUCAAGAGUUCUUGUUUAUUUCCCCCCCCCCCCGCCCCCGAUUCCUUUUAAUUUCUUCCAACACCUUCGUUACUGAUCAAAAUCGCACGUUGCUGCGCACUAGUCAGUUAAACUGGCUUCAGACGUUCGAUUUCCACGUUCAGUCCGGCGUGGCUCUACGUAAUAACACUGUGAUGAUGCGUAAACACGCGGGUAUCCACUCCGUAACUGCUAUGUAAGCACACAGUCAUCAGACGCUCUUAAUGGAAAGGGUUGUUAGUAUUUAUUUAAUUUUUUUUCCUUUGUGUUUUUACAGAUCGUGCAUUGUCUUGUACGGAAAUAAAUGAUUUCCUUGUUUAGGUUAUCUGUUCAAAAUGAUAGGACUGGAAACAUGGAGAGGACGUAGGUGUGUUCUGGGCUAGCACAGUGAUGAAGAGAGAGAGAGAGA